UAUAUAUAUAUAUAUAUAUCGUAUUGCACAGGCUGUGUAUUGCAUCCUUAGUUAGAAUGUGAUAAUACACUGUGCUUCUGUGGUGAAAAUAUGAAGUAAGUGAAUUAUGAGCUGGGAGUACCAAUAUGUUUAGAGAGCUAUGUAUAUCUAUCGUAGUUCUCUUAAUAAAUAUGUCGCUUGCUGUCAACAGACCCUUCGGAAUUUGGAAGCCUGCUCUUACAGGGUUUAGGCAAAGGAUUAAGACUGCCCUGGACUUAAAAAAUGUUGAGGUAACCAUGAAAAGCAAGCACACUAGAACAAUGCAAUUCAUGGCAUCUCAUCGGCAGUUAAGUGACGACGCUGAAAGUAACUGUUGUCACGGCACGCUAGGCUACGCCUGGGAUCAACCGCGCAUGCCUUGUUCGGCAAUGAAGUGUUGUAAUCAGAGUGAAACUGUAGCUGUGAUACCAGUGGAUUACGCUUUAGGGUUCUGUUUCCGAUGUAUGCCGAAAGACAAGUUACUUCCCGUUUGCUACGGUGCAGGACUCGAAGUGGGAAGCACCAACCAAUCUCCAGAUUACACUCCACGUGCCUGUUGCGACGAUGCCAAAUUUGCGGUGAUUGUGAACAAAUGGUUUGCCGGAAUGACAAUCAGAUGCGUAGCUAGGUAACAGCAACUGAAACAAUUAACAAUUAAAUAAUAACACUAAUCCUAAAAUAACAAUAAUAACAACAAUAAAUAAUACUAAUAACAAUAACAAUAAUAACAAGAACACUAAUAAUUAUAUAUUAAAUGAUGGCAAUGAUGAUGAUGAUGAUGAUGAUGAUGAUGACCUUGAUGAUGAGAAAGACGCUGGGGGUAAAGAUUAUACAAAUAAUGACGAUAGCGGUAAUGUUACCAACGAUAACUAUGAGAAUUAUAUCACCGAUAACAUUAACCGAUAAGCAAGAUAUGAUGAUAAGCAUAUAAAAUGGCAUACAAAAAAGAAAUUGUAAGAAAAAAAGGAAAGAAAUGAAGAAAAUAUAUAAUGAAAAAACUAAUAUACAAUAAAAAUACAAUAAGAUAAAAUGUAUAAAUUUUUAAUAUAAAAUCAAACACUUCCGACCACUAGAGUUCAAACGGUCCGUAAUUGAAACAGUGUCCGUAAUUCUAACGGCCCCGUAACUGAAAAUCGAAGAACGGUCUACAUAUCUACAGGAAGUGGUACUCGUCAGGGGAAUCUCCAAAUUAUUUUCUAUUCUAUAAAAUACAAAUAUAUAUAGAGAGAAUGAAAAAAAAAUUGUUUUCCAGUCGGUUUCUGCAAAAAAAAAAAAAAAAGCGGACUUUUUAGAGACCGAAAGGCAUCAAUGAUCCAAGACAGAGAUCGAACUUAAGACAGAGAUUUCAUUACCUCGAAUGAACGCUUGACGCAUAACAACUUCCCACACAGCUACAAUGUGUUGCUGAGGUUGUGGGGGAGAGACAGAGAGAGAGCGUGUGUCAUGGAAACACCGAUGCGCGACAUUGGUACGACUUUCAUCAGACCAACAACAACAACAACAACAGCAGCAGCAGCAGCAGCAGAAACGACAUCAGCAGCAACAGCAGCAACAGCAGCGGCAGCAGC